CCGGGUGGAGUCAAGCCCUCUAUCCCCCUGGGGAAGCAGAAGUCGCUGGGGCUGGGCUUCGUGUCUGCCAGCUCGCACGUAGGCCGGAAAGGAGGGAAGCGGAGCAGCAUCCCUACACUGCAUGCCCUCCUCGGCCUCCAGCUUGGCCGGAGGGAAGCUGCCUUCUGCCUCACACCCUGCACCCCGGUGCAGCUCAGGAGGCUUAAGAAGGGGUCUCGGCAAGCGUUGUGGGGCUCAGCGAUGUGACUCUGACCAGGGCUUACCAAAGGAAAUGCCCUACAAAACGAAGUGAAUUAUCAGCCAGUGCCGCCAGGUCCUCUGAAACACUCGUUAAGUCACUGAAACAACAGAAAUCAUGUGCAGUCUUCUAGCCAAAGACAACAAUGUGGAUUUAGAUGAGGAUCCACGCUGUGGAGACAGGAUGAAACUCACUAGUGAAAAGUUGCCCAAAAACCCUUUCUCACUAUCUCAGUAUGCUGCUAAACAACAGACAUUCUUCCAAUGGAAGAAGGAGAAGCCUGAUUAUUACCGCCACGCUAAUUUGGUGGAUACAGCAUUGCAGUUCCUGAAAGAAAGAAUAAGAAGAGGGGACGCGAUGGCAUAUUUUCUAAGAGGCCAACUCUAUUUUGAAGAGGGCUGGUAUGAAGAAGCCUUGGCACAGUUUGAAGAAAUCCAGGAGAAAGAUCAUCAAGCAAUUUAUCAGCUAGGAGUGAUGUAUUAUGACGGGUUGGGGACCACUGUAAAUGCCGAAAAAGGAGUGAACUAUAUGAAGAAAAUUCUUGAUUCUCCAUGCCCCCAAACAAUACACUUAAAAUUCGCUGCUGCUUACAACCUUGGAAGAGCUUAUUUUGAAGGAAAAGGUGUGAAACGAUCGGAUGAUGAAGCAGAGAGACUGUGGCUGUUUGCUGCAGACAACGGAAACCCAAAAGCUAGCGUGAAGGCUCAAAGUAUUCUAGGACUGUAUUAUUCGAUGAAAGAGCCCAAACAGUUAGAAAAGGCAUUUUUCUGGCAUUCGGAAGCUUGUGGCAAUGGAAAUCUGGAGUCCCAGGGUGCACUUGGUCUCAUGUACUUUUAUGGACAGGGAAUCCGGCAGGACACUGAUGCCGCCCUGCAUUGCUUACGGGAAGCAGCGGAACGUGGGAAUGUCUAUGCCCAGGGGACUCUUGUGGAGUACUACUACAAGAUGAAGUUUUUUACCAAGUGUGUUGCAUUUUCCAAAAGGAUUGCAGACUACGAUGAGGUUCAUGACAUCCCCAUGAUAGCACAUGUCACAGACUGUCUCCCAGAGUUCAUCAGCAAAGGCAUGGCCAUGGCCUCUUUCUACCAUGCACGGUGUCUCCAGCUUGGCCUGGGCAUUACGAAAGAUGAAGCAGCUGCCAAACACUAUUAUUCUAAAGCUUGUCGUCUAAGCCCUGCAUUGGCAGAUGAGCUUCACUCCUUACUUAUUCACCAAAGAAUUUAGCCCACAACGCAUUUCAACGAAGACCAUCAAUCCUAACAGAUACAUCUGUUAUAUCCUGCAUCCAGUUAUAUUAGUCAGGGUAUUUUACAGAAACAUUUCCUUCAUUCUUAUAUUUGCAUUCUGUAAUUUGUACGGACCAAACUUUGGACACCCAUCGAAUUGCUGGGAAGAGCCCUCAGAGACCCACCGCUGAGGGCUGCAGAGUGGCCUGGACUGGGCUUGAAGCAUGCAGAGAGAAAGUACCCCUUUGCCUUAUUAAAUGUAGUGUCUGAAUGACUUAGACAGAUUGAGUGUUGUGGCUUCCCAAGUCCAUGUGCUGCCAACUUAGUUAAAAACAUAAUUUGAAAGUAUCAUUCUUUAUAUUUUCUUUGGCAUUUGUUUAAUUUUAUGAAUUUUGCUAAUUUAAAAAUGUACUGAGUCAUCUGAAAUUUUUCACAAAAUUAAAUGAAGGCCGAAGAGAAUUUAAAGACAGGACUUCCAAAUCCUUUAUGUAGAAAGUGUAUAGCAUUUCUAUAAUUUACAGAUAACUGGCUAAUUUGUAAAUUUUUUAAAAAUGGAUUUAAUAAAUUACUUAGCACCAUGUCCCUCCAAAUGUGCCGUCAAAGAUCUUAGUUAAAUGAGCAAAAACCAUUGUGAUACUUAUAUACAAGAAUUUUAAUAAUAUGCUUUUGUUUGAAUCUAUUUUCUACAUUUUUAAGUCUUAGAAAUAUGAAGAAAAUCUCAUAAAAGUCAUUAACCAAAGGACUACAACUAAAUACUGUUUUGUAAUCCACAUAAAGAAAUGGAUUUCC